AUGGGCAAACGAGAUCGAACUGAAGACGACGAGGUUGUCACCAAGAAGGUGAAGCUCGACAAGAAGGACAAGAAGGAAAAGAAGGAAAAGAAGGACAAGAAGGACAAGAAGGACAAGAAGGACAAGAAGGAUAAGAAGGAUAAGAAGGAGAAGAAGGAAAAGAAGGAAAAGAAGGAAAAGAAGGAGGAGGUCUCUGAUGAGGAGGAGGUCGCUGAGGAGAAGCCCAAGAUGACUUACACUGCCUCGGCUAACACCAUCAAGUCUUCUGGCGAGUACACUCAGUGUGACGAUCUUACUAACGUUUCUCAGUCCACCAUUGACAACUACUUCAAGGAGCACACCAUCACCAUUGAGGGUGAGCAGAUGCGACCUACGAUGGAGUUUAGCCACGUGACUCUGGAUCCUCGAAUCACCAAGGUUCUCACCAAGUUCCCUCGACCCACUCCCAUCCAGGCUGUUUCUUGGCCCUACCUUUUGGCUGGUAAGGAUAUGGUUGGUGUUGCCGAGACUGGUUCCGGUAAGACCUUCACUUUCGCCGUGCCUGCUCUUGAGCACGUUCUUAGCACCUCUGGAGGCAAGGGCGUUCGAGUUCUUGUUGUUUCUCCCACCCGAGAGCUGGCCAUGCAGAUCUACGACAACAUCAAGGAGUUGUGUGAUGUUGUUGGUCUGCAUGCCGUCUGUGUUUAUGGCGGUGUCCCCAAGGAGCAGCAGCGAAGCGACCUCAAGCGAGCUUCUUUCGUCAUUGCUACUCCCGGUCGUCUCUGUGAUCUCAUCGACGAGGGCUCUUGUGAUCUCUCCAAGGUUUCCUACCUUGUUCUUGAUGAGGCUGACCGAAUGCUCGAGAAGGGUUUCGAGGAAGAUAUCAAGAAGAUCAUUGGUUCCACCCGACCCACCGGCCGACAGACCGUCAUGUUCUCCGCCACCUGGCCCCCGGAGGUCCGGAAGCUCGCUGAGGGCUUCAUGAAGACCCCCACCAAGGUGAUGAUUGGAGAACGAGACGAGCUGGCUGCCAACAAGCGAAUCACCCAGUCUGUCGAGGUGCUUGACCCCCGAGCCAAGGAGGGCCGUCUUCUCGAUCUGCUGCGUCAGUACGCCAAUGACGACUUCAAGAUUCUUAUUUUCGCUCUGUACAAGAAGGAGGCCACUCGAGUGGAGAACACCCUGACUCGACGAGGCUACGGAGUCGCUGCUAUUCACGGAGAUCUAUCUCAGCAGCAACGAACCAAGGCUCUCGACGAGUUCAAGAAGGGCGAGAAGAACAUUCUGCUGGCUACUGAUGUCGCUGCUCGAGGUCUGGAUAUCCCCAACGUCAAGCUUGUCAUUAACCUGACCUUCCCUCUGACCGUGGAGGACUACGUUCACCGAAUCGGUCGAACUGGUCGUGCCGGAAAGACCGGACAGGCCAUUACCCUGUUCACCGAGCACGAGAAGCAUCUGUCUGGUGCUCUGAUCAACGUUCUGCGAGGAGCCGACCAGCCCGUUCCCGACGAGCUGCUCAAGUUUGGCGGCCACACCAAGAAGAAGGAGCAUGGUGCCUACGGAGCAUUCUUCAAGGACGUGGACAUGACCAAGAAGGCCAAGAAGAUCACUUUCGACUAA